UGCUUGGUCAAAGAUAACAGCACAUGGAAACUGAAGUUUGAUUAGAGUCCAGACAUAUACAAAGUGGUCGCCAAUUUUGACCAUCCACCCAAGCUGUGUUUUUCUAAGAAUGUCGGGAUCUGGUGAUACACCUGGCCAGUCUCGUCCUCCGAUUACUGGAGGAGUAGGCAGGAGUGCACUGAUGGGUCGCAGGUUACCCGCCUCCAUCUCCCCCGGCCGUCUCCCCUCCGUCCGCUCCAGAGACCUCACAUUAGGAGGAGUAAAGAAGAAAACCUUUACACCCAACAUCAGCGGACGCAAGUCAAAGGAGGAACUGAAAGUCGACGAGGGACAAAGGCGCGAGAAAAAGGAGACGGAGAGGAAUCGGCAGCGGGAUGGGCGUGGCCGAGGCAGAGGUCGCCCGGAGGUCAUUCAGUCACACUCCAUCUUCGAACAGGGUCCGGCAGACAUGAUGACAAAACGAAGAAGCGUUUACGACGACACGCGUGAGACCCCCAAUAGCGGCCCGUCUCCCAUCAUCAACAUCAAAAAGGAGAAGAGAGAAACGGAGGAGGAGACCAAAGAGAUUCUGCGCAAACUAGAGAGAGACAACUUCCUGGACGAUCCGUACCUGAAGAGCGAGUUGCGGAGCUGUCCCGUGCAGCUGCCCCUGGCCGUGUCCGGCUGGGUCUUUAAGGACGAGUUCGAGGAAGGCGUGAAGAGAGACGACCUUAAACAAGAGAUGGGCCAAAGUGACAGCGAAGCCAUGAGCACGGAGACGCCUGCCGGCACGGUGAAAGUGAAGCAGGAGCCUCUUGAUAUCCCAGAGGUGAAGAAAGCGGAGCCUACGUUUAGGCCGCCGCCCGUGCCUGAACCUGAUUCGUUGUCUGCUCUCCUCGAGACGUGGUGUCAAUGCAAAGAGGAGGAGCUUCUUUUCAUACAGCUCCCCGAUUCGUUACCAGGGCAACCGCCCACUAGAGAUGUCCGACCAACCAAAACAGAGAUUCAGUCGGCUGACGGACAGUCUGUGCAGAAGACAGAACCGCAGGAGGAGAAGGUGGAGGAGAACGUCUGUUACCUGAGUGACCUGCAGGAGGGCUUUGUGGGGCGGAUGCUGCUGAGGAAAUCCGGCCGCGUGCAGCUCAUUCUGGGGAACGUCACCCUGGACGUGGCUCUGGGCACCACCUGCUCCUUCCUCCAGGAGCUGGUGUCCGUUAGGACGGAGAGCAGAGCAGGGGAUAUGACCGUGCUGGGACACGUUAAACACAAACUGGUUUGCUCCCCGGACUUCGAGGCUCUACUGGAAAACAAGGCAUGAAGAACACUGUCCAGGUCACUACGGUGGAGACUGCACGCACACAAAGACUAGGGUGUAUGCGUGUGUGUGUGUGUG